AUGAACUCGGAGAAAAUGGAUAUCGAGCGAGUUGAGAGCCCUGCAUCUGCGAAGGCAGUAGGAGAUGCCUCGGAUAGGCGGCUACACGAUCUGGGGUACAAAAGCGAAUUUCGCCGCGACAUGUCACUCGUAGGGGUGCUAGGCAUCUCAUUCUGCGCCAUCGGUAUUUUGACAGGUAUGAGUAGCGCAUUCCAAACAGGCUUGUUCUCCGGAGGACCGCUAGGCCUGUUCUGGGGAUGGAAUAUUUGUAGCUUGUUCAUGCUGCUCAUUGCGCUAUCCUUGGCGGAGAUAUGUAGCGCAUAUCCCACUAUGGGAGGUUUGUAUUUUUGGGUUUGCAAGAUGAAACCAGAUUCUCCGAUCUUAGGUUUCUGCACGGGUUGGAUUUACAGCAUUGCUAUGGUAUUCACUGGGACGUCGGGGAACCUCAGUGUCGCACUUUAUUUAGCAUCUCUGGCCGAAGUCGGCCAGGGCCGCACGCUUACGAGGGUGGAGAUAGCUGCCAUUGCGUGGGGCGUUAACAUUGCCUCCGGCAUAAUCAAUACAAUCGGAACGCGAGCCAUAGGUGCAAUGAGUUCAUUCAAUCUCUGGUGGACCCUCGGUGGAACAUUUGUACUUGUGAUCACACUCCUAGUGAAGGCCCCAGUGAAGAAUUCAGCGGCGUUUGUCUUCACCGACUACGAAAACUUUACUGGUUGGGGUAACAGAGGCUUCGUAGUCUUGCUUGGUUUCCUACAGGCUGUGUACACUCUCGAAGGCUGUGAGACUGCCGCGCAAGUGGCUGAGGAAGCGAAGCGCGCUGAGUUUCUUGCACCUAUUGCCGUUGUCGGAAGCAUCUUAGGCUCCUGGCUGAUAGGCCUAGCGUAUAUGCUCGCGCUCCUCUUCUCCGUCCAAAGCAUUGCCAGUGUCCAGGCUACAUCUUACGCCAUCCCAAUUGCUCAGCUAUACUACGACGCGGUCGGCAAGCGUCUAACCCUUAUGUGUUUGACCGUGGUCGCGCUCGCCCAGUUCAUGGCUGCCGUCACGGCGUUCACCGCCAGUUCGCGGCUGUUCUACGCGCUGUCGAGAGACAACGCUUUCCCGCUCAAGAAGCAGUUCAUGACCCUCAAUAAGUAUCAGGCGCCAUACUGGGGUAUCUGGACAUCGGUGUUGAUAGGAUGCAUCAUUUCGUGCGCUUACAUUGGUUCUGCCAUUGCAUUCAAUGCUAUCUUGUCAUCCGCUGCCAUCGCUGUCAUGCUAAGCUAUCUUCAACCUAUCCUUAUCCGCGUGUUCUGGCCGUCAUCCCUCCCUAUACGUGGUCCCUUCGACCUAGGCGCCUGGUCGUGGCCGAUUAAUCUCGCAAGCUUGCUAUUCUCAGUGUUCAUCUGCGUUUUAUUCAUUCUGCCGACAGCACGUCCGGUGAAUUCCCUCAACAUGAACUACGCUAUCGUCGCCAUAGGCGGCGUGAUCAUAAUUGUCGGCUUCUGCUGGACGUUGUGGGGGCGCUUCCACUUCACUGGUCCGGUCAGCACGUUCUCUGACGACGAAUAUGGACCAUCGGAUGAAGUCUCUGACAAGCAGUAG